CUUCAGUACAAGUAAAAUAGUUCAUCAAACACACAUUCAUACUUUACAAAAAUCAUGAGAUUCUUUGUGCUGACAACUCUUCUGGCCACGGCCGCCCUCACCAGCGCGCAAUCCUUCAAAUGUCCACCCAAGGAUGGUCAAUACGAGGAUUCCAUCCAGUGCGACAAAUUCUACAACUGCGUGGAUGGCGUUGCCACCGAGAAACUGUGUCCAGAUGGUCUCGUCUUCGACCAGCUGAUCAGGAAGAUCAACAAGUGCGACCAACCCUUCAACAUCGACUGUGGAGAUCGUACCGAACUUCAACCGCCAAAGAGCUCCAAACUGUGCCCACGUCGCAACGGAUUCUUCGCCCAUCCUGAACCUCAAGUCUGCAACAUCUUCUACAACUGCAUCGAGGGUGAUGCCACCGAGAUCAAGUGCACCAACGGACUUCACUUCGACGAGUACUCAGGAACCUGCGUCUGGCCAACUGCCGCCGGUCGUCAAGGCUGCGACGACUCCAAAGUCCACACCCUGAAGGACGGUUUCGAAUGCCCAAAGGUUGAACAGACCGACGCCAACGGCCAACUCAUUGUCCAUCCCAAAUUCGCCCAUCCUUCCGACUGCCAAAGAUUCUACGUGUGCCUGAACGGACAAGAACCCAGGGACUUGGGAUGUCAAGUCGGUGAGGUCUACAACGAGGAGACCCAGAGGUGCGACGCCCCAGAAAACGUACCCGGAUGCGAGGACUGGUACAAAGAUGAGCCAUCAUCCAAACCAACCAAGAAGGCGUAAACAAAUUAACGUUCAGCCAAACGUUAUUUUCUCCUAAUUUCACUAAAUUAAAACAUUAAAAAAAAUAAUAAUAACAACGAAGACUUUCUUCACGUGUAUUUUGUG